AUGGUCAAGACGUUGAUCUCCACGCUGGCUGCGGCCCUUGCGGGUCUCACGCUUUGCGCCGCUCAGGCCAAAGAGGCCGACCCCUAUUAUGGACAGAGCCCUCCGGUGUAUCCGUCACCUGUCGGCAAUGGAACCUCCAACGACGCGUGGGCCUCGGCCUAUCAACGCGCAAAAUCACUCGCCGCCCAGAUGACAGUUGAGGAGCUGGCCAACUUCACCCACGGCUGGCCAGGUCUCUGCACAGGCAACACCGGUUCCGUGCCCCGCCUCGGCGUCAAGCCUAUGUGCCUCCAAGAUGGGCCUGACGGCGUCCGCGCCCAGGAGUUCGUCUCCGCCUUCCCCUCGGGCAUACACCUCGGCGCCACGUGGGAUCGCAACCUCUCUCAUGCCUACGGGUUGGCUCUCGGCGCCGAGUUCCGCGGCAAGGGCAUCAACGUCGGCCUCGGCCCCGUCGGCGGUCCCCUGGGACGCAUCGCCCGUGGCGGGCGCAAUUGGGAAGGGCUCUCCAACGACCCCUACCUUGCAUCUGUUGGCGUUGGCGGCAUCACCAAGGGUAUGCAGGAUGCUGGCACCAUCGCCUGUGCAAAACAUUGGCUGCUCAACGAGCAGGAAUACCGCCGCAACCCCGACGCGGCGGGCGAGGCCGUCUCUUCCAAUGUUGAUGAUAGGUCUCUUCAUGAGCUAUAUGUCUUCCCCUUCAUGGACGCUAUCCACAAUGGUGCUUCCGCGAUCAUGUGCAGUUAUAACAGAGCGAACAACUCGUAUGGUUGUCAGAACUCGAAGCUGCUCAACGGAGUCCUAAAGACAGAGCUUGGCUUCGAAGGUUUCGUGGUUAGUGACUGGUACGCUCAACAUUCCGGCGUUGCGUCUGCAAACGCCGGCCUCGACCUCGUCAUGCCCAACACGGCCUCUUGGGGUUCCUCUCUUGUCGAGGCCGUCAACAACGGCAGCGUCACCCGCGAGCGGAUCGAGGACAUGACCACCCGCAUCCUGGCCGCGUGGUACUACGUCGGCCAGGAUGGCGAAGAUUAUCCCGCCGUGGGCGCCUACUCCAACCUCCAGAAGCACGCACCCGUCGACGUGCAGAACGGGCACAAGGCUAUCAUUCGCGAGAUCGGGGCUGCUGGAACCGUGCUUGUCAAGAACGUUAACGGCACACUGCCGCUCAAGAGCCCCAAGUUCCUCAGCGUUUUCGGGUACGACGCCACAGUUCCCGGUACGCCGUGGGCCGAUCCCAGCUACGGCCCUAGCUUUGGAACCGUGCUAGGGAACGUGCUCAACGGUACGCUCAUUUCUGGAGGUGGUUCUGGGACCACGACCCCGCCGUACGUGAUCAGCCCCUUCCAGGCCAUCCAAGAGCGUGUUAUCGCAGACGGCGGCGUGGUCAAAUGGGAUUUCUACUCGGAGAAUCCGCAGCCCGUCUACGUCAACUCCGAGGCUUGCCUGGUGUUCAUCAACGCAUGGUCUGCGGAGGGGUACGACCGCAGCAGUCUCUCGGACCAAUUCAGUGACAACUUGGUCAACAAUGUCGCCGCUAGCUGCCCCAACACCAUCGUUGUGCUGCACUCUGCUGGGACGCGAGUAGUCGACGCCUGGGCCGACCACCCCAACGUGACUGCGAUCCUCUUUGCCGGGCUUCCCGGACAGGAGUCUGGCCACUCUCUCACCGACAUCCUCUACGGCGACGUCAACCCCAGCGGUAGACUCCCCUACACCGUCGCGCACGCUGAGUCCGACUUUGGCGCCCUCGGCAACUCAAGCGUCGACCCGAGCCCGUUCCCACAGGAUGACUUCUCUGAGGGCCUAUUCGUCGACUACCGCGCCUUCGACCGCGACGGCAUUGCGCCGCGGUACGAGUUUGGCUUCGGUCUGUCCUACACGACGUUCGAGUACGCUUCGCUCUCGGCGUCGCCCGUGGGCAAGCCAGUGGCUGGGGUCCCCGACCCCUCCGUGGCGAUCGUGCAGGGCGGGCACCCGGCGCUGUGGGAGGAUGUCUACGUCGUCUCAGCGCAGGUGAAGAACACGGGUGGCCUGGCGGGCCACGAGGUCGCGCAGCUGUACGUCGGCAUCCCCGUCGAGGGGACCCCGGCGAGACAGCUGAGAGGCUUCGAGAGGGUGUACAUCGAGGCGGGCGGGAGCGCGACAGUUGAGUUCCGGCUGACAAGGCGGGACCUGAGUGUGUGGGACGUCGUCGCGCAGCAGUGGCGCCUGGCGGAGGGGGAGUACGACGUCUUUGUGGGGGCGAGCAGUCGGGACUUGAGACUUAAUGGCACGUUUACGAUUUAA